CGACAGUUGUCCAGUCAACUGUAACUGUUCACCGACAGCAACAUGCCGAAGGAUGCGAGAAUUGGCAUCAUGUAACCAGCGGCAUAUUUAGUUGUGUUUCAAUCGUCAUUCUGGUUGGUAGUAGAGUCGUGCUCCUUCGAUUUCAGUUUUAUUUGAUGUACGGAUUCAACUCUAUACCUACCUAGUUGGAGUCUCCUUUGGCGGUAAUAGCUGGCGGAUGAUUGUGUUCGAAUUUGCGGUUGGAAUGAAAAAAUUUCAAGAGUGCAUACAUCAGUGAUAGGGUGGCAGACUAAAGUAACGUUUUAUGUGAAUUACCAGUCAAUUUAAAAAAAGAGGAAAACUUAAUAUCACGUGUUUUCAGUUUUUCAUACGUGUUCAUUUGUACACAAUCAUUGAUGUAAAUGCUACAACUGUUAUGAUACUGUCUUAUUGUAAAAUUGUGUGUAAUCGAAAAAAAAGAAAUCAUGAACCACUCUACUUGUUUUGAAUAUAGGUAAAAACCGAUCAGUGAGUAAUUUAAUACCAAGCGACAAAAGUGCAAUUUUUGUUUCCAGUCUUCUGAAUAUUGUCUGUUCGAAUGAAAGGUGCACCUACGUACUGACUGUUUUGCAACAAGAAGUAGCCGUCUCGACAAGUUAUACCUCUUGUACAUACCAGUGAAGCCUCUUAGUUUCUGUGUUCAUUAUUUCAUCGCCCGGUUCGGAACUAUAGUUACCUUACAUUCAUCGAGAAAUUAUUGUCAAUUCAAGCCUUGAUAACGAUCUGCUACUGUGCUAAACAACGAGGCUAAGUAUUUGAUAUAUGAUUUCGGAAACAUGAUAGGAUUACCAGUGAAACGACAUCAAUUUAGGUUUUGCUGAACUGAAACAUUUUAGAGUUUGCCAGGUGAACUGCAGCAAUAGCAAAUAAAUAGUUGUAACGAUAAACCAGCAGCAUCAUGACAAUUCAUACAGAUGAUCACCAGUAUGCGGAUAGUGAGAGCAAGCAUUACAACGCAACAAGGCAUCUCUUCUAUGAAUGUACCUGGCGACUAUGCUGCGAGACGAGAAGCUACGAUUUUCCAGCUACUUCUUACCGUUACAGUUCAAAUAAUAGCAUGGAUGCUGAUGAUGGGGUUCACAGCAACGAUAGAUCUACGUUAAUUCAGGUGUGGAAGCCGAAAAAUUAUGGCGCAGUAAAGGGCCAGAUUCCACAACAUGAACGACUUACUUACACUUGGAAAGAGAUUGACGUAUUUGGCGAAAUGCCAGGUGAUUCAAAAAAAGAAUCAUUAUGUAGUCGUUUGUGUUCUUGUCUUUCACGUCAAAAGAAAGAUUUUAAUCCGCGCAAACAUCUGCUGAAGAAUGUUACAGGAUAUGCCAAGAGCGGGGAGCUAUUAGCAGUCAUGGGAAGUUCUGGUGCAGGUAAAACCACUCUGCUCAAUGCGUUGGCCUUUCGCUCUCCGCCUGGAGUUAAGGUGUCUUCAACUUCUAUUAGAGCCCUAAACGGGAUCCCAGUUAAUGCGGAGCAAUUGAGAGCUCGGUGCGCUUAUGUACAACAAGACGAUUUGUUCAUUGCGGCUUUGACUACCAAAGAACAUCUUAUUUUUCAAGCGAUGUUACGCAUGGGCAAAGACGUCCCGAAAAGUGUGAAGCUAAAUCGAGUGAAUGAGGUUCUUCAAGAAUUAUCUUUGUUCAAAUGCGCCGAUACUAUCAUCGGAGCACCAGGUCGAAUGAAAGGCCUCUCUGGUGGUGAAAGAAAGCGAUUGGCAUUUGCUUCGGAAACUCUUACGGACCCACAUUUGCUGCUCUGUGAUGAACCAACCUCUGGACUGGAUUCGUUUAUGGCUCAUAGCGUGUUGCAGGUGCUCAAAGGAAUGGCCAUGAAAGGAAAAACGAUCAUUCUAACAAUACAUCAACCAUCAUCGGAGUUAUAUUGUUUAUUUGACAAGGUCCUUUUGAUGGCCGAAGGUCGGGUAGCAUUUUUGGGAUCGCCAUAUCAAGCAGCGGAAUUUUUUUCACAACUAGGUAUUCCUUGUCCACCGAACUAUAAUCCUGCUGAUUUUUAUGUCCAAAUGCUUGCCAUUGCACCGAAUAAAGAAUUGGAAUGUAGAGAUACAAUAAAAAAAAUCUGUGAUUCCUUUGCGGUUAGUACAAUGGCACGAGAUGUAAUGGAAAUCGCGACGGCUGAAAAGCACAUUGAUGAGUUUUUUCUACAACCGGUGAAUGGGGCGAGUAGAACUGGUUAUCGGUCGAAUUGGUGGACGCAGUUUUAUUACGUAUUGUGGCGUUCCUGGUUGACGGUAUUGAAGGAUCCUAUGCUAGUUAAAGUACGCUUACUUCAAACUGCCAUGGUCGCCACUUUGAUCGGUUCAAUUUACUUUGGCCAAAAGCUGGAUCAGGAUGGCGUGAUGAACAUCAACGGCUCGCUAUUUCUCUUUCUAACAAAUAUGACAUUCCAGAACGUAUUUGCGGUUAUUAAUGUAUUCUCCGCUGAACUGCCAGUGUUCCUACGUGAGAAACGAUCACGAUUGUUCCGGGUGGAUACUUACUUUUUGGGAAAAACUAUAGCCGAAGUUCCUCUGUUCAUAGCUGUGCCAUUUGUGUUUACUUCUAUCACCUAUCCAAUGAUUGGCUUACGAUCCGGCGUGGAGCAUUACAUUACAGCUUUAUUCAUUGUAACCUUAGUUGCGAAUGUUGCUACAUCUUUUGGUUAUUUUAUAUCAUGCGCAAGCUCUUCAGUUUCGAUGGCUCUCUCUGUUGGCCCACCGGUGAUAAUUCCAUUUCUAAUAUUCGGUGGUUUUUUUCUCAAUUCGGCGUCUGUUCCAGCCUACUUUGAAUAUUUAUCGUUUUUAUCUUGGUUUCGAUACGCCAACGAAGCUUUACUUAUCAAUCAAUGGAGCAAUGUACAGGCUGGGGAAAUAGCUUGCACUCGACUAAACGUAACAUGUCCAAGUUCUGGGCAGAUAAUUCUGGAAACCUUCAACUUCAAAGUGGAGAACUUCAGUUUCGAUGUGAUAUGCUUAUGCCUUCUGAUUGCGUUAUUCCGCCUUGGAGCUUUGUUUUGCCUUUGGCUUCGCUCGAGAAGUAAAGAAUAAUACUAAACUUCUCGCUGACUAGGAAAAUCAAUCUCAUAUCAUAGUAAAGGUUGUCAUCCUUAGUUUAAUAGCAAUAGCAAGCAAUAGUAAAAUUCUACUCGCAAUUAUUUUAUUGUAAUAAAAAAUCAAAUAAAAGAUACAUUUAAAAAAAG